CUGACUCCUUCCUGAGCCAUUUAAAUAAGAUCCUGCUGCCUGAGUCACCACCUGGAAAUUCAGUGGCACAGGCAACAGGAUAUAAAUAGGAAGUGCCCAGAUGCAGUACACAGGCCAGAUCAAAGUGUUAGGCUGGCUGGAUUUGGCCCCUGGUCCGCAUCUUGCCCAGCCCUGCUGAAGAGAGUCCAUACCAAAUCCUGGAUAAAGUGAAGGGCAGUUCCUAAGCAGUGGUGCCAUGCGUGGUAGGGUUUGCCUGCUGUGUUGUGAAAAUAAGCUUGAUAAGUGGCCACGUUAAUUGCUGGAGCUCAGACAAUUCCCACGGGCAUAGGGCUGAUGGAUACGAUGGCUUGAAGAGCGCGUAGAUUGCUAUGACCAUUUAUAGUCUAGCCCUGUGUUUCAUUACAGGAUGUUUACAGCAUCCUCAAAAACAUCAGAGUGUUAACUCCCAUUUGAGAGUUCGGGACAGAUAUUUCUGUCCAAGGCAGGAUGCCUUGCUUUUGGGGAUGAGGACUUGAGAAGCUAGAACAGGCUAAUCCCAAUUGAGUCCUAAAUAGUCCAUCCUCAGGAUUGUUCCCUGUGGUGACUUGGGCCUUGUACCUUUCAGCUGCAGGAGAGAGAGUCCUCUAAAGCAGAGGUUCUCAAGAUUCAUUGCACCAUGACUCCCUUCUGACAACAAACAUUAUUUCACGACCCCAGAAGGAGGAACUGAAGCUUGAGCCUGCCAAAACCCCACUGCCGUGUGUGAGGGGGCCAAAGCCUGAGCCCCACUGCUCAAAGUCUUCAGCCCCAGGCAGGGGGCCUAUAAUCUAAUCCCCAGAAAGUCUAAGCCAGCCCUGGUGAUCCCACUCAAAGGGGGGUGCAACCCACACUUUGAGAACCACUGCUUUAAGGCUUCGGUGUCAGUUUCUUCCUGUCCUCUUGACAUCCUGCCUGUACCACUGUCCUGCAAGUCUAGACUUGUCACUGUCCUUGUACUGUUUGCACUAGAGUCUCAGUUAUUACCAUGAGAUGGGCACAAACGCUUUCUUCAGCGGUCAGGGGACAACAUGGAUACUGACAGUCUCCGGAGCUGAAGGCUGGAUGGGAGGGGUUACCCUUGCUAAGCAGGACUUUUAAGAGUAGAGCUACUAAUCCCAAAGCCUGGCUACUAUGGCCCUUUGCCACCACGAGCCAUUUAUUGUGGGUUGGGGCUUAGUUAGAAUUCAAGGAUGGGAUUUACCUUUCCUUGCUGGGCAGAGCCAUGUGCUAGCAGAGGGAGCUGUGUAUAUCUAGAGAAACCAGCUGGCAAGAAGAGGUGAAAUCCAAGCAGGUCAGUUUUCACCCUGCUGUCAGUCUGAUUUAUUGUGCUUUCCACUGGAGUUCCUGGCUCCCUGCAAGGCCUGGCCCUGGCUCUGUAACCUUUGGACAGAGAUCAGUGGGAGAUCCAGUUUAGUAUUGGACACGUCUUCUCUCUGGAGGCUGGAUCCUGCCUUGGAUGGAAUGGAAUUAAUAAACUAAUGGGUCUUUUUGUUUCUGCCUACAAUGAGCUGGCCUAGGGAAACCCUUUUGUGCCAGGGAAGUUUCUGGUGCUAUUUCUUGGAACUGUCAGGCCAGUGAGUAAUAUCAAUAGCACUCCCUUCCUCGUGGCUAUGAGGAGAAUCCCCAGGGGAGGGGGAGGCAGCCUUGCAUGCUUAUGGAGCCAGAUCAAGGAGAGGAACACUUAGCAGUGUGUGAAAUCACUGUCAAGAAAGGUGAGAGAGUCUCUAACAGACCAGCUCAUUGCUGGAGCGAUUCUCAGGCUCACUUGUUUUGAAUGCAGGUUUUAGAGCAGUAUAAUGUACAUAGGGUUGGAGGGCCCUAGAUGGCUUAGGCUUAACAGAGUAAAGAGCCUUUUCCUUUUGCAUUCCCCUACCAGGGCUGUCUCUGUUGUGGACAAAGAGGUCUUUAGGACAUUUAACUGGGCACUUUCUUUUGCUAGCACUAAAAAUAUUAUCUGACUCCAAUAUAACCCCUUUUAGCUUCCAAGCAUUCAUACUAGAGUGUUCCAGCUGCUUGGUAAACAGUAAGAUUCCAGUACGGCAUGAGAAUAUGGCCUGCAGCUCUCGCUGGGGAGUCUAUGACUUAAUGUAUAUGUUGAUUCCCCUGCCGCUUCCUCCUUGCGAAGCUGGCAGCACACUGGAUUAUCCAUGUGACGUUUAGGGAUAUUAAAAUUGCUAACCUGUUAAAUGAUAGCACAUAACUAUUUUAACUUAGGCCCCGCCGCGCGGCCUGUUUCUUGGAUGUACCGCUGUGGCGGGGAUUGCUUCAGCCUGGCAUGGCUGGUUGCUGCCAGAGUUAAUUGGCAAGGGCUGGUUAACAUGCCUAGUGUCGUUCCAGCCUAUCCAGAAUGGUGUGUGGGCUCCAUGGUGUUAGGGAAGCCAUGUAGAGUGUGCAAGGGUCACCUGGGAAAAGUGCCUGGGUGUUAUGUGUUGGUCGCUAACCCAUGUCUCUUGUGGCUUUCAAUCAGGCAGAAGAUGGGAACAUAGAAUACAAGCUGAAGCUGGUGAAUCCCUCGCAGUAUCGCUUUGAGCACCUGGUGACGCAGAUGAAGUGGCGGCUGCAGGAAGGCCGGGGUGAGGCUGUCUACCAGAUUGGUGUGGAGGACAAUGGGCUACUGGUGGGCCUCUCCGAGGAGGAGAUGCGUGCCUCCCUCAAGACAUUGCGCCGGAUGGCUGAAAAGGUCGGAGCUGACAUCACCAUCCUGCGAGAGCGUGAGGUGGAUUAUGACAGCGAUGUUCCCAGAAAGAUAACAGAGGUUCUUGUCCGGAAAGUACCUGAUAACCAGCAGUUCCUAGACCUGCGAGUGGCUGUGCUGGGGAAUGUGGAUUCGGGCAAGUCUACGCUGCUGGGUGUCUUGACUCAGGGAGAGUUGGAUAACGGGCGGGGCAGAGCUCGUCUCAAUCUCUUCCGGCACCUCCAUGAGAUCCAGUCAGGGAGAACAUCCAGCAUCAGCUUUGAGAUCCUUGGCUUCAAUAGCAAGGGAGAGGUGGUGAACUACAGUGACUCGCGGACAGCAGAGGAGAUCUGUGAGAGCUCCUCCAAGAUGAUCACCUUCAUUGACCUUGCUGGCCACCACAAGUACCUAAAAACCACCAUCUUUGGCCUCACCAGCUACUGCCCAGACUUUGCCAUGCUGGUGGUGAGUGCCAACACUGGCAUUGCAGGUACCACGCGGGAGCACCUGGGUCUGGCCAUGGCCCUCAAGGUUCCCUUCUUCAUUGUCAUCAGCAAAGUGGACUUGUGUUCGAAAGCCACUGUGGAACGGACAGUGAAGCAGCUGGAGCGGAUCCUGAAGCAGCCAGGCUGCAACAAGCUGCCCCUAUUAGUCAACUCAGAUGAUGACGCUGUCACGGCAGCACAGCAGUUUGCACAGUCUCCCAACAUCACCCCGAUCUUCACUCUAUCCAGUGUUUCAGGGGAGAACUUGGAUCUCUUAAAAGUUUUCCUCAACAUCCUUCCUCCUCUGACCAACAGCAAAGAGCAGGAGGAGCUCAUGCAGCAGCUUACAGAGUUCCAGGUGGAUGAAAUCUAUACCGUGCCUGAAGUGGGGACUGUUGUUGGAGGAACUCUGUCCAGUGGGAUCUGCAGGGAGGGGGAGAGCCUUGUGGUUGGCCCCACGGAUGAUGGCAAGUUCCUCCGGCUGAAGGUGUGCAGCAUCCAGCGGAACCGCUCCGAGUGCCGUGUGCUCCGCGCAGGACAAGCUGCCACACUGGCCCUUGGGCCCUUUGACCGCUCCCUGCUGCGCAAGGGCAUGGUGAUGGUGAGCCCGGAGAUGAACCCCACCAUCUGCUCAGUAUUUGAAGCUGAGAUUGUGCUGCUCUUCCAUGCCACAACUUUCCGGAAGGGAUUCCAGGUGACAGUGCAUGUGGGGAACGUACGGCAGACGGCCAUUGUGGAGAAGAUCCAUGGAAAGGACAAGCUGCGGACAGGGGAGAAGGCUGUUGUGCGUUUCCGGUUCAUCAAACACCCUGAAUACUUAAAGACUGGUGCCAAGCUGCUAUUCCGUGAAGGAGUCACCAAAGGUAUUGGGCACGUCACUGACCUCCAAGCUAUCAGUGCUGAAGAGAAUAGCCUGGAGGAGACUCUGGGGCCUGGGCAUUUGACCUUCUGACUCCCAAUUAGUCUGUGGGAAUCUCCAGACACCAGCAAUGAAGGAGGAGAAAGAUGGGAGAAGUUUGGCCCUUCACAUGACUGGAACUGCUGCUGUCCGGGUCUGGCAUGGGCUUCUCCUCACACUGUGUGAUGGAGCCCAGGAGAGCUCCCUGUGUUCAGUACCCCUCCUGGGGCAAGUUAAGCAUGUUGUCUCUGCAUCGUCUGCUGCUUUCAUUAUCCUGCCCUCCACAAUAGACCAGAGGCAGCCUCGGUCUGGGCGGGUGAGUCCUGGCUUUGUUUACUGUACUGGUGGGAAGUUAUUGGCUGACGCAAAGCUCCUGAGGUGCUGAGCAGCAGUGAAGGGAUCCUGCCACCUCUGAUCCAGAAUCAGUUCGUUGCAUCUCUGGCAGUAUUGAGCCUGACCCAACUGUGUGUGCCCAUUUCCCAGCCUCAGGCUUUCCCUCCAGAGCAGAGACCUUUGGACCAGCAAAGGAGGCCUAGCAACCCAGAAUGCAGGGGCUUGGUUAAACUCGGGUUCACAGGAACCCAUCAAGAGUUCAGGACACUUUUAGCCCUUUUAAUCUUGAUUUUAAUCCCACGUGUGCCCCAUCAGAGGCUCCUACGCACCUCCCCAAACCAGUGCAAACAGGGACCUCCUCUCUGGACUAGACCUUGCCAGAUGGUGACGAGGUAUGUGCCCCUCCUAGUGGUCAUGUCUUGUGUGUGAGUGGGGCUGCCUCACUCUCGCUAAUGCAAUCAGCAUCUUCAGGAACCUGCCUGAAGCCAGAGUCUGUGCUCCUAGCCCUCUGCUCACUGUAGCAGCCGAGCUGCCCCAAGCAGGAGGCCAUUUGGGGUAACAGAGCUGGCCCCACAGCUGGGCUUGCCUGCCGUCUGCUUCAACUGAGCAGGAAGUCCCCUUUAUCGAGUUUGUGGCAGUUCUUUUGUGAUGAUUUCCCUGUGGCAAUCAGUCUGUGCUGCAGCCCAGCUUGCUCCUCGGGGACCUGCCUUAAUUCUCGAGGAGAGGCAGAGGGGGCUGCCGUACUGGCCAGGGAGGAAGAUUACCUGUUGGGUGCAAUCCGACAAAGUUAUUGCAGUGAUUUUUUUUUUCUCACAUUCUACUUAAGGGAAACUUCCUGUUUUGUCUAUGAGGUUUCAUUGGCCAUGGGGAGCUGGUGGGUACCAGCACAGCCAGAGGCUCUGUAGGUGCAUGGGGAGAUGGAACACUUGCUGCUCUGUUUCCCCAGCUGUCCCCUUCAAGUAUCAAGUGUUGAGUACUGGCCUGUACAGCUGCUGCUGUGCUCUUCAGCUGGAAACGGGGGACAGGGGAGGCUGCAUAGCUGCACACAAGGCUUCUGAUUGCACUGGUGAUAUCGAAUGGAGCUGGUCACGCACUGCUGCCUGAGCAGGGUAGUGUUCUGCCUGGACAGGGAAGUGACUGUGCUCUCUGCUCCAGGUGUGGUGAUGUCAGUAAUGCUCAGUCUAUGCUGCCUUCCACGCGGUGUCUUGUGCUAGGGUGAUCGGCAUCCAUAGUGCAUGCAAGACUGAGCUUCUCACAUCAGUUUGGUGACAUUGUCACAGCAGCUCUCCUCACCAUAGGCCAUGCCCUUUGCUGUAGUGGAGAACCUUGUGUGGGGGUGGGAAUCCCUGCCUGCAGACUGUUAAAAUGCACCAAGCUGAUCUGCAGGGAGAGAAUUGUUCCUCCCCUGUGAAGGGUUAGCUCCUUUGCUUUCCCUCCACCAUGUUUUGUGCUUGAAUCCUUCUGGCUUAGACUAAGAACUGUAGGUCAAGCCCAUCUUGUUAUUGCUGUUAAUAGCAGCUGUGAGCAGGUUUUGCCUCUUCCCAGGGUGUGGUAAUGUAUCCACUCUCCUGGCAGUACCUUGUGGGGAGGCUUGGUCUGUUUGUUUUCCCUUUCAGUCACUGCACACAUCAUCUUAGAAAAGGGGACCCUUCCCCUUUCAGCUCUGGCACGUAGUACUGGGUUCCAUUACAGUGUGUGCCCCUGCAGGGAGGACAGAGUCCCAGCAAGCACUUCCCCUCCUGUGUUAUCCUAAGUACAAAUAAUGGUGCCCUGGGAGAAGGCAUCUCCUCCUGCUGUUUGCAGUGAUCUUGGAGUAAUCUUCAGCAGUGACACACAUUUAAGGUGCUGCUCCUUUCCCUGGGAGAGCUGAUGGGACUGAGCGCUUCCUCCCACCUUCUGUGGCGUGACUGUUCUCAGUGUCAUGCUCUUUGUGCUCACUGUUGUCCUGGAGUCUCUAAUGCAGAGGGACGGGUUCCAUCUCCUUGGCAUCUAUAUAUAAUGUACAGAAUAAAGAUGUUUUAUUGAGAGAGAA